AUGGCAAGCCGAACAUCAAACGAAGUCGAAGCUGCAGACAUGACUUGGAUUGUGAGUUUGAGCACCUUCAAAAAAUGGUGUGCUCAAUUGCCUGUCCUCUUCAGCGGCUUGUUGGUCUUCGUGGCAAGCACUUUGUUUUAUCACGCCUAUUUCCUCCAGCCGACUGGCAACGGUGUGCACCAAUGGUCAACCACAAGCAGUUUGGCGAUCGAUGCACAGACUUCAGCUGAGGUGGAGACGCUGCUCAAAGAAAAACUGGACCUGCAACAAAAGGUAAAUGCAUUAGAAAUGGAGAAGAAAAAGCGAACAGAAUUGAUGGCAAACAUCAAGGAAUCACAGCGCCAAUUAAAUGCAACGUUGAACGAACUAAAUCAAACGUGGCAACUCAUUGAAGAAUUAGACAAAGAAAUCGCCAUCCUCGAAGCCAAUGCGACAGUACAUCGAAAUUUUUUCGAUUAUUUUUCAAACGUUUCACGUCAAAUGGCCUAUCCGGGAGUGGAAUUCUACACGCGUUACACCAUGACUCGUUUAGGACUGCAGCCAUUGGCCGGAAUCGAACCGCUCAAGCCGCAAUUAGGUCCAGUCAUCAACGACGUGCUCUCGUACCAGUACCCACUGACCGUCCCACCUUGUCGGGAUGUCACCGGUGUUAAUCGCACUGUGUUUGUAGCCAUCAUUUCGGCUACGGACAAUUUCGAGAAACGAAGCACAACGAGGCCGUUGUGGCCGACUCUUUUCAAAAGCCAGCAAGACAAAGGCCUGAUGGGCAUCGCUGGAUUCGCCUUCAUUUUGGGCAAACCGGAUCAAAUCGAGACCCAAAAACGGAUCGAAGAAGAGAGUCGAACGUACGGCGAUAUUAUUCAAAUCGAAAUGGUUGACGCAUACAGGAAUUUGACCCUGAAACUGGUUGGACUUUUCAGUUGGUUGCACACUCGAAAUUGUUCCAAAGUGGAUUUUGUCGUCAAGGUGGACGACGACGUCUUCGUCAACGUUCGCAAUCUCGUUCAAUUCGUCCAAUCUCAGUCCCGGCACGACGCCAAUCUGACAAUCUUUGGAACUUCAGCUGGUAAUCUGUGGCCAGCGCGAGAUGGCAAAUGGGAACUGACGUACGCGGAAUGGCCAUGGCAUAGCUUUCCACGUUAUUUCAAUGGACCGGCAGUCUUAUUCCCUGGCAAUACGAUCGUUCCAUUGCUGGCGUCAUUCCAAACGACGCCCAUGCCACACAUUGACGACAUCUAUUUCAGUGGCAUCUGCGUCGAAAGGGCUGGCAUCAAAAUCAGCUACUCUACCAACUCAACCAACGUUUUCGAAUUUGCGCCUCCCGACUCUCUGGAUGCUUGCGAUCUGCGUCGAUUCAUUUCAAGGCGGACGCCGUCCAGCAACUAUAAGAACAACUCGCACGUCGUCACCGAGGAUUUCUACAACAACAGGACUAGCUGCGUUAUGGCCGGACCUAAAAACGGAACCAACACGACAAUAGACUACACCGCACCAGCCCAUUUUUACUUUCUAUAAUCAAACGAGAUGUAAAACCAAAAUACAAGUAGAAGCAUA